AGGGUGGCAUAAAAUAUGAUUGCUCGGCAGCGUGAGCCAGCCUUUAUUAUCAACACAACCACUGUCUUAAGCCCUCCUCAGACCCUCGUCUCGGGAUCCUAUGUGCUGUCAACUCCCUCUUCCUCUUUCUCAAUCCUUCCAAUAUCUUCUACUCACCAACCCCUUCAGAGCCACCCUGCUUCUUUCUUUAACAAUAAUCUCCAAAUUAUUAACUUUCUGUAGCUUUUCCAGCGCACCUUGUCUGUUUUAUUUGUCGCUUUUACUGGGGUUCUAAGUCCGAUCAAGAUUUUGCCUAAGAAUCACAAGAUUUGAUUUUGCCAUGGGUCUUUCGCCUUACUCAGCUCCAGCCGAUGGAGGAGUGUUUUGUGUAAUUUUAGUAAACACAGCCAUAUCAAUCUCCAUAGUCAAGGAGAUAUUUCGUUCAAUCCUUCAGGUUGUUGGCAUUCGCAUUGCAGCUUGGGAAGAUUAUUCCGUUGACAACACCUUGGAAUCAUUAGAAUGUCGUGGAAGCCCCUCUGAGUCCUAUAUGGAGGAGUUCCGAAGCAGAACUCCAGCAAUUCGUUAUGAUUCAAUCCAUAGCUGCAGUCGCCCCCGCCAUGAGUGCCCAGUCUGCCUGACAGAAUUCGAGCCAGAUGCAGAGAUUAACCACCUUUCUUGCGGCCACGUAUUUCAUAGACUAUGCCUGGAAAAGUGGUUGAAAUAUUGGCAUGUUACAUGUCCUCUUUGUCGUAAUUAUAUGCUACCUCAAGAAGGGCUUGAAAACACUUGUCCUAUGUGAGCAUAAUACAAAAUUGUUGAAACUGUGUCUUUAGUUGUACAGCAUAGUAGUGUACAAACAAUUUACUGCUUGUAGUGACCCCUGUUUUGCGUCCUUCAUGGUGACGGGUCCUUGUGGCCAAGAUUUGUAUUGUAUAUUCUGUCAAAAGCUUAUGCUCUAUGCGGUUGAGCUUCUGAUCUGAGUUUGUUGCAACACCCUGGUCUGAUUUCUAGAAUUGUUUUCUUAAUAUAAUAAUUUCUGCUACUUAUUUA